GGGUCUCGGAAGACUACCAUAUACGGUCAACAUACAACAGGGAGUCCCUCCUCUGUACUUCUCUAUCCAUUUCUCCCCAUUCUUCAAGGCAUAAGACUUCUACUAGGGACCAAGGACGUUAGAAUGUCUAAUACAGACCAACAGUUGGAUUGUGCAUUGGAUCUCAUGCGAAGGUUGCCGCCUCAACAAAUCGAGAAGAACCUCUCGGAUCUCAUUGAACUUGUUCCUGAUUUAUGCGAAGAUCUCUUGUCCUCUGUUGAUCAACCCUUAAAGAUUGCCAAAGACAAAGAGACUGGAAAAGAUUACCUUCUGUGUGACUACAACAGGGAUGGAGAUUCAUACAGGUGGGUUAAUAAAUACGAUCCUCCUAUAGACGAUGGAGCUGUCCCUAGUGACAGGCUCAGGAAAUUAGAGAUCAAAGCAAACGAGACGUUUGAUACAUACCGUGAACUUUAUUUUGAGAGCGGGGUCUGUAGCGUUUACCUCUGGGAUCUUGACCACGGUUUUGCAGGUGUUGUCCUUAUCAAGAAAGCCGGCGAUACCGAGAAGAUCAAAGGCUGCUGGGACUCAAUCCACGUCGUUGAAGUCCAAGAGAAAGCUCAAGGUCGGAACGCUCACUACAAACUGACAUCAACAGUCAUGCUGUGGCUACAGACGAUAAAGAGUGGCUCUGGCACUAUGAAUUUAGGCGGUAGUUUAACACGACAGGUGGAGACUGAUCACAACGUCAGCGAUGCUAGCCCGCACAUUGCAAAUAUUGGACGAAUGAUAGAGGAAAUGGAGAAUAAGAUAAGAUCAACUUUGAACGAGAUUUAUUUUGGAAAGACGAAAGAUAUAGUCAAUGAUUUAAGAUCUGUGGGUGAUCUUAACGUCAGAGCUAAGCAGCAACUACUUGCGUCAGAAUUAACUAGGAAACUUCAAGAUCGGGAUUAGCAGCGGUCGGUAGCAGUUUGGUGUUUUUCAAAAAUAAUGUGAACUCUGUUAUUAUUAUUAUUAUUAUUAUUAUUAUUAUUAUUGUGUUAGCCGAUGAUUUUAUGUUUUAAUAAGAGCUUAGUAUUGUUAUUGUUAUUAUUAUUGUUGUUAUUAUUAUUAUUGGUGUUGUUAUAAUAACAAUAAUUAUUAUUCCUUACAUGAUAGAGAGAAAACAAA